AUUCUUCUCUUGAUCUCUUCUUCUUUAACGUUUAUAUACAUCGAAAGCAUUUCUUUCUUUUCCGUUCACAUCAUUCUCGAAUUUGUGUUUUCCCUAGAAAUUGUUUUAUUUUUCUUAUAGAUCAGGAAACCAAGAAAAUGUAAAAAAAGAUUGAUUGAUUUAUUUAUUCUCGUUCAAAUGAAUCACUUUUUAUUUGACUCGUUAGUCCAUGUCUCGUCUCACUCUCUUAACCUCUAUUUUCUCUCAGAUCUCUCAAAAAGUGUAGUUUUGUGACAAAACUGUUUUUUUAAGUUAGCUACAAGAAGAUGAGGAAGAUCAUAGGGUUUAGAAUCGGGAGACGAGUCUCAAGAUGGAUCCUUCGGAAAACCCGGAUCCGACGUUCCGGAUACAACCGAAUACACUCGACCCGACAAGCUUGCAUGCUGAGACCAUUCUCCAAGCUCAAAAGUUGGGGCCAACGUCUUAAGCAAAGUUUCAGACGUUUCAGGUCUACGAGAAGAUCCGGAUACAUACCCGUUGAUCAUAAGAAACCCGACCCGGUUCCAAGGGGACACUUAGCGAUCUACGUGGGUCAAAAAGACGGUGACUGUCAUAGAGUUUUGGUACCCAUCGUUUACUUUAACCAUCCUUUGUUCGGUGAGCUGCUUCGAGAAGCCGAAAAAGAGUACGGAUUUUGCCACGAAGGAGGUAUCACUAUUCCUUGUUUGUAUUCGGACUUCGAACGGGUCAAAACCCGGAUCGCAUCCGGGUCAAGUUCUCGGAUAUUUCCAUGGAGCCGUCACUGCCGCAAUUGAAGACAAUUACGGAAAACAGUUCUUAGGAUUUUCAAGCUUUUCCUUAGUAGAUAUUGUUCCCUUUAAUUUACCAUUUUCUAAUCUUGUUACUUUUUGUCACUUUACUCUUUUUCUUGUGAUAGUCAAUUAUACAGUAAGGUGAUAAUGUAAAUAAUUAUUGAAGAGGCUAAUAGUGAUUAUCGAUAAUGAUGUGAUUAGCAUGGGGACACUUAGUGGUAUACUGUCUUUGGACAUUGAUAUAAAGAUCAAAUGGAAUUGAUGAAACACCAAAGGAAAAGUGUAACACGAUUCUAUUCUCUCUAUGGGUCUACUCAAGAUUUUUAGCUAUCAAUCGCAAGGAUAUGUUUGUUGCUU